AAUCUCGGUAGACAACGAUAAUGUCUCUUAAAAAGACAUGAUAGUGAAGUCUUCCCUCAUAUAUUCGUAAGAAGGGUGUCUCCCAGGUAAAUAUAAACCAUGUCAGCAGUCGAAGUUUCGACGUUGUUUGGAGUCAAAGGCCGCGUGGCCGUCAUUACCGGUGGGAGUAGUGGGAUUGGGUUCAUGAUUGCAAAGGGGUUCGUGACGAAUGGCGCAAAGGUCUAUAUCUGUGCUCUGCCUACGGAUCCAAUUGCAGAGAAGGUUGCAGAGCUCAAUUCACUGGGAAAGGAUGCAGGAGGGAGUGCUGAAGGAAUUCCCUGCAAUUUAAUGUCCAAAGAAUCAAUAUCCACCCUAGCAUCUGAGAUCUCCCAACGGGAAAAAUACAUUGAUAUCCUUAUUUCCAACGCCGGCAUCCGCCGUGAUCCUCCACAGCCAUGCAACGUCCUAACAGCUUCCCUUCAAGACCUCCAAGCGUCAAUGUGGUCAUCGAACUACUCAGACUGGGAAGAUACGUUCCGAAUCAACACGACCGCACAUUACUUUCUAUCCGUCGCAUUAUUCCCCCUCCUCGCAGCAGCUGCAGAACGGAUUCUUCCUGACGGUUCGAAAGGGAGAGAUGAAGGCCGCGGCGUGAUAGUCGUGACUAGCAGCUGCGCGAGUCUACAUAAUUGCACAAAUGUGGAUUUGACCAGUUACGCAACAAGCAAGGCUGGUACGGACCAUCUGGUGAGGUUACUUGCGAGCAAGUUCCAGAGAUGGUAUGUUAGAGUGUGUGGGAUCAAUCCUGGGUUUGUUCCCAGUAAUAUGAAUCCUGUGGGAGAAGAAGGGAAUAUGUUCAGCGCGCUGUUUGAUAAAGUCCCAGCCAAGAGGGCUGGGAGGACAGAGGAGAUUGCAGGGACCGUGUUGUAUCUAUGUGGUUUGGCUGGAGCGUAUGUAAACGGAGUUUCUCUGUGUGUUGAUGGUGGAAGAAUUCUUUUGGCAAAUGGACAGGAAUAGAAGACUGACGCAAGUCGUCCAAUGCCUUUAAUUGGAAAAUAGAAAUAUGGUUCUACACAUGCUAGGAGUGUGUUGUCCUAAGAGGAGUGACAAAGACACAAGAUCUAUUGAGUAUUAUUUCGAUCCAAUCGAGCAGGAAUG